AUGUUGAUAUGUGUGUGUUCAUUGGUUGUCAGGUACAAGCAGAGUCAUCUGGUUACAGCCAGGGCUAGUGUGACAGUGAUCCACCCAGAUCUGGGCUGUCUGAUCAGCUGUGUCCAGCUCCAGGAGUUCUCUAUCAUAUUGCUGUACGCUGAGGAGGGCCACAGCCCAGUGGGCAGUGUGGAGGCCAGGGCAGCCUCCCCGUUCCUCCAGCGCUGCUUCUUCCAGCUCAGUGACCUGGGCAUGGACCCUGUCAUCCUCCUAGGGGGCUUUGCCGCCUUCCACACCCUCUACCCCUUCCUCUGCACCUCCCGCAUGGCUCUUCUAGAGCCCGACAGGUACGCCCUCACCAUCUACCCCUCUGAGAUCCUGGAGGGGGAGCUCUACCAGGGCUCAGCUGCCCAGGCCUCUGAUUACCACAUCCUUGAGAACCUUAACAUCACCCAUGUGGUCAACGCUACGGCUGAAUGCCCUGAUGCAUUUCCCAGCACCCUCAGCUACCUGAGGCUGCGGCUGAGCGAUGACGCCCAGCAGGAUUUGGUGGAGGCGCUGCCCCAGGCGGCGAGGUUCAUCGCUGGGGCCCUGAGCAGCGAGGUUAGGGGUAGGGUGCUGGUGCACUGCAGCAUGGGGCGGAGCCGUAGCUCGGCGCUAACGCUAGCCUUCCUAAUGCAGCACCAGCGCUGGACACUGCUGCACGCCAUCCGCUGGCUGAAGGAGAGGAGAGCGUGCACGGCGCCCAACGUGAACUUCCUGCGGCAGCUGUUGACCUACGAGGAGCAGCUGUUCGGACGAAGACUUACCUCACUGGACGACAUCCGCCUGUGAAGUUAUGUGGUUUGCGCAGUGCAGUUUCUGUGCAUAAUUCAUGGAGAGGGAGGUGGACUAUGGACAGAGCCCACUGUGAUUCAAAUAAUGCCGUUAUUAAAGACUCAUUGGGAGAGUUGUAUGACCUUGAUGGUCUUAAUAACUUUAAGCUGUUUGGUUUUCUUUAUCAUUGUUGCCCUAGGUCUAGGACUGUGUUUUAUUAUUAAGGGUUAUUUGAGGGAUGAUGUUUUUCCAGAGCACUGGAGCGCUGAUGUUGCAGCAUUACAGUGGAUAAGGGGAGAGGAAGUGAAUGUAUUUGCAUCAGUGCUGAUACCAGCUUAUACAGAGGCCAUCUGUGUAUUCAAAGCUUGGUUAUAAACUUGUUCAGCUCUAAUAUUUUGUC